AUGUGGGAAGACGUCACUGCUAAAUGUCUUUACACGUAUACUACACAAUAUAUAGAUACAAAUAAAAUUAAUGAAAAUAUAGGUGGAUAUUUUCCUCAGAUUUAUGAGCCAACAGUUUUUGAAAAUUAUGUACACGAUGUAUUUAUUGAUGGUCAGCAAAUAGAAUUAAGUUUAUGGGAUACAGCGGGUCAGGAGGAGUUUGAUCGUUUACGGUCAUUGUCAUAUGCCGAUACACAUGUUAUUAUGAUAUGUUUUUCAGUAGAUUCUCGUGGAUCGCUUGAAAAUGUACAAUCCAAAUGGGUAGCUGAGAUUGCAAGCCAUUGUGAAGGUGUUAAGCUUGUUCUUGUUGCACUUAAAUGUGAUUUGCGAGAGCUCGAGGAUGAAAUUACGCCGUAUAAUAAUUGUAACAUGAACGGUCAACACCGGUAUAUUCAAUAUGAAGAAGGCCUUUCUGUUGCAAAAUUUAUCCGUGCCGUUCGUUAUUUGGAAUGCAGCGCAAAACACAAUCGAGGCAUGUUUCCACAGUCUUCGAUUAUAGUUAAGUCUAAUAUUUGUCUAGGAGUUAACGAAGCAUUUACAGAGGCUGCCCGUGUAGCGAUCGCCGCUAAACCUAAAGGUACACCUGUAGAUGAUCGUCCUUUCCGUCAAAAAAGUUGUCUCCUUAUGUGA